UUUAGUUUAAUUUUUCGUCACACAUUUCGUUCAAAUCAACAAGAAAGUAAAACAGAAUCAAAUUACUCUCUCUGUUUCUGCAAAGUACCAACUACCAAUCCGUGCGUGAGUUCCACAUUCUUCUUUCAGUUCUUUCUUCUGAUCAGUUCUGUUUCGUUUUCUCUUUCUAACAACAACGCUCUAUUUAAUACCUUUCUCUUUCUCUGUCAAUAUUAUUAUUAUUAUUUAAGUUUCAAAGCUUUUCUUCAAUGGAGUUCAAAUUUCGCGCCGUCGACAACAACAUCAAACCAUCAACCACGUUGCCUUCUCUUCCCGCCGUCACAUAUCUCCCUGAUAAUAAUCGAUCACUUCCAACUCCAUUGGAAGGUGGUUUUUCUGGCUACCGAGUACCGAUGUCUGCCGACGAGGCGGCAUUACGGCGAGAGAUUGAGAAGGAGCAAAUCCGGCGGGAGAUACUCGCUGGAGAGGCACGGCGGAGAGAGUUGGAGGAAGAAGUGAGGAGGGAGCUUGCAAUGGAGAGAGAGUUGGGAAUUGUUACAAUGCAUAGGCCACUGAAUUUUCAGGAUCGAUUUUCUCUAUGGUCAAAUUCUGCACAGAUGAAUCCUGCUGUUUCUGCUGUCGAUGAACACAUCGGUGUAUCGCAACCACCGGUAAUUAUGGCGGAAAUCAAACCUUCUCCGCAGAUCAGUGAUAAGGACAGAGAUAUAAUCUUGGCUAAGCCAGAUUCCGGUUUCUUUAGUCCAAAGCGAAAAGCAGCUGAUGUUCCUGAUGCCGAGCCUUCUGCAAUUGGUUUGAAGAAAAAACCCAAGGAGGAUUGGAGUUGUGAACUGUGUCAGAUAAAAGCCACAUGUGAGAGUGGGUUGAAUGCUCAUCUGAAAGGUAAGAAGCACAGGGUCAACGAAUUAAGACAGAAGAGGAAGAUUGAUAGGAUCAACAAGAAUAGAGAAAAAACUGCGAAAAUGGCUCCUACUGAAACAGUUGUUACUACCACAAAGUUAGGAGUUGAUGCAAAAACAGAUCAACAACCUCCUCAACCUUGCAUAGCCUUGGAAGUCAUGAAUGAAACUAUGGUCGAUAAGGUUGUUACAGACUCUAAAAAAGAGGAGCAGUUUGUGGAGAUGAUGGUUGAUAAAGGUGUAGCUGAAACUGAAGCUGAAAAAGAGCUGCUGUUUGUGGAGACGGUGGCGGAUAAUGGUGUAAGUGUAACAGAACCUAAAAAUGAGAAGAAGCUUGUGGAGACAAUGGUUAAUAAAAGUAAAACUGAAUCUAAAACUGAGGAGAAGCUUGUGGAAAAUAGCCAAAACACAGGUUGGUUGGAGAGGAAAAAAGAUGCUGCUGCAACUGAGGAAGCAGGGAAGAUAGUUGCAUGGACAAAAAAGAAGGUGGUUCAACGUUUAUGGUGUGACAUUUGUCAAAUUGGCACUCCAUCACCGACUGUGAUGGAAGGCCAUAUGAAAGGGAAAAAACAUAUGAAAAAAAUGAAGAAUUGUGGUAAAAAAAAUGCAAGUCCUUCUUCAAUAUCCUCUGUAUCACAAAAAGCUCCUAGGUUGAUUGAAGAUGCUGAUGGUGUUAACAAAGAAAUAGACCAAGUGAUGAUACCUGUGGUGAAGGGAGAACCAAUAAUAAAGAUGGAAGAUAAUAUUUUAAAUUAAGGUUAAGUGGCUGAAUCAAGAGGUGAUAGAAGAACCUAUGAAGGAUUAUGAGCACAUGCAAGAUGCUAUGUUGACUUUUAGUAACUUCAUAUCUCUUAAGUUUUUUACUUACAAACAUUUUUGUUGUGUUUUAUUAUUGAUUGUUGAUGUAAUGGAGCCUUACUUGAGGACUCAUUUGACCUGGUGUUUCUGAACUUACUAGGUUGUAUUUUCAUUACAUGAACUUAUUUCAUUAUAUGUCAUAUUUCACAUAUCUAUGUAUGUCUAUAUUUCAUUA